CUCAACACUCACCGCCAGCAUGUGGAUCUUCGAUUGGUUCUGGGAAGUCCUUGCCAACCUCGGGUUAGCCAACAAGCACGCCAAACUGCUCUUCCUGGGGCUCGACAAUGCCGGUAAAACAACGCUCUUACACAUGCUAAAGAACGACCGCGUGGCCGUGCUGCAGCCAACGCUGCACCCCACGAGUGAAGAGCUGAGUAUCGGCAACGUCAAGUUCACAACCUUCGAUCUGGGCGGGCACGCGCAGGCACGCAGACUGUGGCGGGAUUACUUCCCCGAGGUAUCAGGCAUAGUCUUCCUCGUUGACACAAAAGACCACGAGCGCCUCGCCGAAUCCAAAGCCGAGCUCGAUGCGCUGCUCGCCAUGGAAGAGCUGAAGAGCACGCCCUUCGUUAUCCUAGGGAACAAGAUCGACCAUCCGGAUGCGGUCUCUGAAGACCAGUUGCGUAGUACGCUGGGGCUGUGUCAGACAACGGGCAAGGGCAAGGUAUCGCUCGAGGGCAUCAGGCCCAUUGAGGUAUUCAUGUGCAGUGUGGUUAUGCGGCAGGGGUAUGGGGAGGGGAUAAGGUGGCUAAGCCAGUACGUCUAGGUGACGCAAGCGUGCGAAGACGUAUCGAUUGAGAGUAGGCCUGAUAAGCAGUGGGAGCUAAGGAUGUUGAGGGAGAUGCAUGAUGUAUGAGUGUACACUCCACAUGUGGUGUUAGGCGCGGGCGCAGGCGCAGGCGUUGGCAUCCAGGUUAGCAAUUAUAUUCAAAAGAGCGUCUCCAAUAGCAUUCAAGAUGUCAGAUUGCUUGCGUGCUCGCGCUGCGAUUACGCAUGUAUAGAAUGCGAUUGAGGAAGAGCAACCAAGGCCUCGUUCAUGCAAAGCCACAACGCCGCCCAAUGCAACCAACUCCGAUCCCUUUUAUCAUGCAUCGUGUUCCCCUGCUCUUUAGUCAUCGUACUCCGCCUC